GUCAAGUAUAAAACUCGCUGUCGUUUUGUUUGUCCAUGCAUUUUGUUGUUAAUUAUAAUUUAUUCUGAAACAAAAUAGACUUUUUAAGUUGUUAAAAUUAAGUAAUAUUUGUGCCUGACUUCCUAUCAUCAGAAUGAGUUCACCAAGUCCAGACACGCCAUCCGACAGAGAUGGAGCUCGCUCCCGUAUGACGUCACCGGCUCGCGAUUAUGAAAUGUUUGAAGAUGAAGGUGCUAUCCUUGGAGAUAAUGCCCAUGAAGAGGAAGAAGAAGAUGGAGAGGAAUUGUUCAAUGAUAACAUGGAAGCAGAUUAUCGACCCAUGCCGGCAUUGGAUCGUUAUGACAAUGAAGACCUUGAUGAAGAGGAUUAUGACCCUAUGUCUAUUGAAGACCGUGUUGCUGCUGAACAAGAAUUACGAAGGCGAGAUCGGGAUGAGGGGAGACUAAGAAGAGAUGAUCGUGGUUUGUUGUAUGAUGAAUCUGAUGAAGAAGAUGGAGAUGCACCCCGUGCAAAGCGGCGUCGUGCAGCAGAAAAAGCUGCUAUGGGCUCUGAUGAACAAAUAGAAGAAGGUAUUGAAAGUAUUGAAAACUUAGAAGAUACUAAAGGUUAUACCACCAAAGAGUGGGUAUCUAUGUUGGGACCUAGGACAGAGAUUGCAAACAGGUUCAAGAAUUUUCUACGCACCUACACUAAUAGCAAAAAUCAGUUUGUGUAUAAAGAUCGGAUCAGACGCAUGUGUGAACACAAUCAAGCUUCCUUCCAUGUCGAAUUCGAUGUCCUCGCCAGACGAGAACAAGUCCUUGCUUACUUUUUACCUGAGGCACCGUUCCAAAUGCUCCAAAUAUUCGACGAAGUUGCUAAAGACAUUGUACUGCAAAUUUUUCCAAGUUACGAAAGAGUAACUUCAGAAAUUCAUGUUCGGAUAUCUGAUUUACCUCUAAUUGAAGAAUUGAGAACGUUCAGGAAACUUCAUUUGAACCAGCUUGUCCGAACUGUGGGAGUUAUAACGGCAACUACUGGUGUUCUACCUCAGUUGUCUGUUGUAAAAUAUGAUUGUAACAGGUGUGGUUAUAUUUUGGGACCGUUUGUACAGUCGCAGAAUUCGGAAGUGAAACCCGGUUCCUGCCCAGAGUGUCAAAGCUCUGGACCAUUCAUGGUGAACAUGGAACAAACAGUGUACCGUAACUAUCAGAAGGUGACUAUUCAAGAAUCUCCGGGGCGAAUACCCGCGGGGCGUAUUCCCCGCAGUAAAGACUGUAUUUUACUGGCAGAUCUGUGUGAUCGUUGCAAGCCAGGGGAUGAAGUUGACCUCACCGGCAUUUAUACUAACAACUACGAUGGUUCACUUAACACAGAACAGGGUUUUCCGGUAUUCGCAACAGUGAUAAUUGCCAAUUACAUAGUGGUGAAGGAUUGUAAGCACAUAGUGGAAUCUCUCACUGAUGAGGAUGUUGCUAAUAUCGUUAAGCUGUCAAAAGACCCUCAGAUCAGUGAGAGGAUAGUGCAAAGUAUCGCACCAUCCAUAUUUGGUCACGAUUAUAUUAAAAGAGGACUGGCUUUAGCAUUAUUCGGAGGGGAACCGAAAAAUCCAGGUGAUAAACACAAAAUAAGAGGUGAUAUCAAUGUCCUCAUAUGUGGUGAUCCAGGCACAGCUAAAUCUCAAUUCCUGAAGUACACAGAAAAAAUAGCACCUAGAGCAAUAUUCACUACGGGCCAAGGUGCCAGUGCUGUUGGUCUAACUGCAUAUGUACGAAAAAAUCCUACCACGAGGGAUUGGACUCUAGAAGCGGGCGCGUUGGUGCUCGCGGAUCGUGGCGUGUGUUUAAUAGAUGAGUUUGAUAAGAUGAACGAUCAGGAUCGUACUUCUAUUCACGAGGCGAUGGAGCAACAAUCUAUUUCAAUAUCUAAAGCUGGUAUCGUUACAUCGCUGCAUGCCAGAUGUUCAAUAAUAGCGGCCGCUAAUCCAAUAGGAGGGCGAUAUGAUGCAUCGCUUACGUUUUCUGAGAACGUAAACCUGUCGGAGCCUAUACUGUCACGUUUCGACGUACUAUGUGUAGUGAGAGAUGAAGCAGAUCCUAUGCAAGAUGCACAUUUGGCGAAAUUUGUGGUGAGUUCCCACAUACGUCAUCAUCCAACUCAACGUGGCACCACAAUAGAUGACGCAGAAGGUCCAGAUCCAGAUUUCAUAUUACCACAAGAUUUACUAAAGAAAUACAUUGUUUAUGCGAGGGAAAAUGUGCAUCCGAAACUUCAGAACAUGGAUCAAGAUAAAGUGGCGAAAAUGUACAGUCAACUAAGACAGGAGUCCCUCGCUACAGGCAGCUUACCCAUUACUGUGCGACAUAUUGAGUCUGUGAUCCGUAUGAGCGAAGCGCAAGCUCGUAUGCAUUUGCGUGCCCAAGUAUCUGAACAGGACGUGAAUCUCGCCAUUCGCACCAUGCUCGAGAGCUUCGUCGACACUCAGAAGUACAGUGUUAUGCGCUCCAUGAGACAGACAUUCCAAAAGUACCUUUCCUACAAGAAAGACCACAGUGAACUGCUCUACUAUAUCCUGCGACAACUCACAAUGGAUCAGUUAGCGUAUAUGAGGGGUUUGCAUAACCAUUCUCAGUCCACUAUAGAAAUAUCAGAACGUGAUCUUAUCGAAAGGGCACGCCAAAUAAACAUUUCGGAUCUCAAACCAUUCUAUGACAGCAGAAUAUUUAAGAUCAAUGGUUUCACAUACGAUCAGAAAAGAAAAGUUAUCGUACACACAUUGCCUGAUGCUCCUGCAGCAACGUAAUAGGAAAUCAAUAUUUUUAAUUGAUAUGAUAACAAAUGAGAUUUAUUUUUGUAAGAUUUUCGUAGUAAUUUAAGGUUGGGUUGUACGGUCGUGAUCACUGAAAUGAAUAUUAAUAUUUUUUAAACAAUUGCAAAAAACCACCAAUAGAAACCUUUGAAUUUGUGCAUAAUUGGAAUCUCAUUAGUAAUAGUUGUUUAAACAACUAGAGUAACCUUUGGUUAUAUUCACUUUGUAAAAUAUGUACUUGCAUAUCCCCAACUAAAAAGGUAAAAUUACUACUCGCGUAAGUGGCUGCCCACCUGUUUUUCAAUUAAUGAGAAUGAUCUAAUGUAGAGCAAUGUUUAAAAUCAACUUUUAUGUGAAAAUAAAUUAGUUAUAAUGUGUCAUGUGCCUUCUUUUUUAGAGUACAAAAAUAGUGUUAUCACCAUAGGGAUUGUUCGGAAGAAGAUUCUGAUGAGCUGUCAAAGGAGUCACAUAUAAUCCGCCUUUAUUUCAGGAACAUUAAUGUACUGCCUAUUAAGGUAUAAUUAUGUUGGGUAUAUUUGCCUACUUAGGUACAUAAUUGUUAAAGGUACCUAUAUUAUUAAAAAUCAUUGUUAAAUAUGUGUUAAUUGCUCUUUUCUAAUAAUUGUUAAGUGUAAUAAAACUCUUUAUAAAUUCCAUCAAAAUUGUAUUCAUUUUUUAUCAAAAUUCAUGUAAGUUAUGACAUUUUUACUAAUAAAACGAUCUG